AUGUUGCACCCGAAAUCUGCCAAGAACAAGAUGACCGCUAUCAAUACCUGGGCAAUACCGGCUUUCAUAUAUACUGCUGGAGUACUCACCUGGUCUCGGACGGAUCUGGAAAGACUAGACAGGAGAACUAGGACCACCUUGACACAGUAUGGUUUGCUGCACCCAAAUUCAGCUAUUGAAAGGCUGUAUAUUCCACGUAGAGAGUCGGGGCGAGGACUGAGCUCACUGGAGAAUGUCUAUCUGAAAGAAGAAAGUAGAAUUAAAACCUUUUUUCUGCAGAGCAACUUACCGGUGCACCACCUGCAGCAGCCAGAAGUCGACUUGCCCAGCACGAACACCUACCUCACUCAGGGUUACCUCUAUCUUCAGACUGAGGGGACCCUGAUGGCAAUACAGGAUCAAGUUGUUCCUACACGAGCCUACGCGAAACACAUAAUGAAACAAAACAUCGAAAACACAAAAUGCAGGCUCUGCAACAACGUUGAGGAAACUGUGCAACAUUUGUCAUCUGGAUGCUCGACUAUAGCUAACACCAAAUACUUGUCUCGCCAUAACAACAUGGGCAAAGUUGUACACCAGUUUAUGUGUCUCAGAGAACGGCUUCUCCAAGAAUUCGUCCCUCAUCACAUCUACGAACCGACGGCUGUCCGGGAAAACCAAGAUAUCAAGAUCUAUUGGGACUUGACAGUGCAAACAGAUCCGGGUGCUGAACAUAACCGACCAGUCAUGGUUGUAUGGAACAAAAAUAAGAAAUCGGCGAUCAUCAUAGACUUCGCGGUGCCGUUAGACCAAAACCUCGCUAAAGCCUACGGAGAGAAGAUCGCCAAAUACGAAUUGCUAUCAAGACAGAUGAAGCGAACUUUUGAGCUGGAAAAAGCAUUAGGGAACCGUAUUAGACGAUAUAAUGAGAGGACUAAACGCUACAAGAACAACAACCUAUUUUAUAAGGACCAGAAACAGUUUUUUCGUACUCUGGAAGCAGGAGAUGAAGGGGAAAUUGGUCAUCUAGAACCCGAUAAAGCGCACAGUUUCUGGACUGAGGUGUGGUCUAGGGAAAGCACCCAUGAUGACAACGCGUAUUGGAUAGAGGAAGCACAGCAGGAAAUACCCAUACAACCUAUGGACGAAAUAAACCUGCGGCAGUCGGAUAUACCUGAAAUACUCAGGGGCUCCAACAACUGGGCAUCCCCGGGGCCUGACAAACUCCACAACUAUUGGUGGAAGUAUUUCAACAACGUGCACGAAAAACUAGCACUGCUCCUACAAAAUGCCAUUAACAACCCUACCCUAUUACCAGGCUUUCUCACGCAGGGGGUCACUUACCUGAUCCCAAAAGAUGGCGAUAAAAAAGAUCCCAAGAACUAUCGCCCAAUAACUUGUCUUUCAUCGGUUUAUAAGAUCCUUACUGGAGUGCUCACGAAAUAUAUCAGUAGACACAUCAGAGAGCACAACUUAAUGACCGAAGAACAAGGUGGCUGCCGAGAGAAGACAAAGGGGUGUAAAGAGCUUUUAGUCAUAGAUCAUAUUGUCACUAAACAAGCGCGAAAAAAGCUCAGAAAUAUUUCCGUUGCCUGGGUAGACUACAAAAAGGCUUUUGACUCUGUCCCGCACACGUGGCUGUUGAAAGUUCUGGAGAUGCAUGGGAUAGCCGGAAAGGUGAUCGAAUUGCUGGGGCACCUGAUGAAGAACUGGAGGACCUCCCUUUUCGUGCGAUCGGGAGAUGUACUGGCGGAGACAGAACAAAUAAAGAUAAACAGGGGUAUAUUUCAGGGAGACACAUUGAGCCCAAUUUGGUUCUGUUUAGCUCUCAAUCCUCUCAGCAUAAUCCUCAACAACACCAACUAUGGAUAUGUCAUAAAUAAGAACAGGCAAGUCACCAUCUCUCACCGCUUAUAUAUGGACGACUUGAAACUCUAUGGAGCGAACUCCGAACAACUGAGAAGAAUGUUAGAGAUAGUUUCAGCUUUCAGCGAGUCAGUUGGGAUGGAGAUGGGGGUUGAAAAAUGUGCCGUGCUCGACGUCCGGAGGGGAAAAAUCGAGGAUACUACGGAGGGAGUAUCCUUGAUGAAUAACAUCACAAUACCCGCACUGGAUAAAGAAGUCCCUUACAAAUACCUGGGGAUCAAGCAGGCAUUGGAAAUAAAAACUCCAGAGAUGAAAGAGUCUUUUAAGGAGAAGCUUCUGGCAAGGAUUGUUCUGCUACUUAGAGCCAAGCUGAAUUCCAAGGCUCUGUUCAUGGCCAUCAAUAUAUGGGCGAUCCCAAUCAUGGCUUAUUCAUUCGGCGUACUCAAUUGGUCGACGACCGAGCUCCGCGCACUAGACAGGGAUGUACGAUCAAUCCUGACUAAAUAUGGAGUGCACCAUCCCCACUCCUCCACUAUCAGGCUUUACCUCCCACGACAUCAAGGGGGAAGAGGGUUGUUAAGCUUAGAGGCAGUCCAUGGGAAAAAUAUCAGUGACCUCAGGCAGCACUUCCUGAAAAGAAACUCACCAAUGUUUAGGGCGAUCCGGGAAGCGGACCAGAGAUUGUCUCCACUGAAGCUCUCCGACUCAGAAUAUCAGGUCCCUCAACCCUCUGCGGAAGAUCUUAUCGCGGAGUGGAGCGCCAAGGCUUUGCACGGCCGAUAUCCAUCUCACCUGAAAAGCAGAGAAGUAGAAAAGGUAGAAUCUCUUACUUACCUUCGUGCAGGCUACCUUUUCCCGGAAACGGAAGGAAGACUCUUGGCGAUACAGGACCAGGUGGUGCCCACAAGGACGUAUAUGAAGCAUAUUGCCAAGCAGGAGGUCCCAUCUGAUCGAUGUAGGAAGUGCGCUGAGGCUGCGGAGUCCUUACAGCACAUCACCUCCUCGUGUCCGAUACUUGCCCCCGUGGAAUAUCUUGGCAGGCAUGAUGCGAUGGGACGCAUUUACCAUCAGCAGAUCGCUUUAAAACUUGGGUUGCUCAAGGAUGAGGUAGAGCAACAUUUAUACAUGCCGAAAACCAUUUUGGAAAAUCAGUGCCAUAAAAUUUAUUGGGACGCAACUCUCGUGACGGACAGAGGGGCAGCACACAAUAGGCCAGACAUUGCCAUCUUUGAUUGGGAACGGAAAACUUGCUUGCUGCUGGACUUCACUGUCCCAGCAGAUGACAACCUGGCAAGGGCGUACACGGAAAAAAUAACGAAGUACGCCGAUCUGGCUUUCCAACUACGUGAGAUGUAUAAGCUGAAAUCAGUAAAUGUGCUCCCGAUGAUAAUCUCAGUUAACGGCCUGGUGGAGAAACAUCUACCCGAAAACACCAAAAGGCUCUGUCUGGACCGGAAUGUGAUAUCCGGCUCACAAAAGCAAAUAAUACUGAGCACGACAAGAAUAGUAAGGAAAUUUCUCCAAGGUCCGUAG